GUUCGGCGGUUCUGUUCAGCAUCUUCUUUCUCAGACCCAUCGUACUCGUACCGCCGCUCUGAGCUCGUCCAAACACCAAACCGGCGCCGCUCAGCCGCCACAGGCAGCCUACCUGAGAUAGCCAGGCUCCCAGCCCAUUGGGCUAAAAAACCAGGGGAUUCCUCACCUACUUCCGUCUCCUGUCUCCACUCUCCACGCCGCCAGGCGACUCGCCGCCGGCGGCCGCCACCACCGAAAGCUCGCCAUCCCGCCGUCGCCUCGGCCUCGCAGUCGCAGACGCCCGGCCUCAACGACCGGAGCACGGCCUCGCCGGCGUCGCACCCGAGCACGGAGCACGUCCCUACAGCCACUGGAGAGCCGCCAGCAGGCACUGCCGCCGCAAAACCGCACCUGCCGAACCGACAGGCCCUCCCAUGUCUCCUUCCGCGCCGCCCACCGUAGCCCGCGUCGCGAACCCGCCCAGAACACUCUCCCCGACCCUCUCCUCGCCUUCCACUCGCUCCCCCCACCUCUCCAUGUCGAUUUCCUCCCGUCCCCGCACCGCACCCCUCGCCGCGGCAGGCGGAAGCGGCGCGUCCCCGUCCCUCCUCGCUGCCGACCCGGCCCACCGCGAUGCAGUAAUCCUCUCCGCGCGCGGUGCAAUGGCGAACUGCCUCGGCGAGACCAACCUCGACCUCGUCGUCCCCGGGCUCCGGCUCGCCGCCAAAGGCAAGGUGAGGGAUGUCUACGAGAGCGGGGAGCACCUGGUGCUAGUUACCACCGACCGCCAGAGCGCGUUCGACCGGGUCCUUGCCUCCAUCCCUUUUAAAGGGCAGGUUCUUAAUGAGACUAGCCUUUGGUGGUUCAAUAGGACAAGUCACAUCACUCCAAAUGCGGUGGUCUCUUGUCCCGACAAGAAUGUGACAAUUGCCAAAAGGUGCUCAGUUUUUCCGGUUGAAUUUGUCGUGAGGGGGUUCAUCACUGGAAGCACUGAUACAUCACUAUGGACAGUUUAUAACAAUGGUGUGAGGAAUUACUGUGGAAAUGUUAUUCCUGAUGGAAUGGUAAAGAAUCAAAAGCUAGCAGCAAAUAUCCUCACGCCAACAACUAAAGCUGUUGAUCACGAUGUCCCUGUCACUCCUGAUGAGAUUAUGAAGUCACGGCUGAUGUCAAAGGAAGAUUUUGAUGAAGCAAGAUGUAAAGCUUUAAGCUUGUUUGAAUAUGGCCAGCAAGUGGCCUUAGAGAAUGGAGUGAUUCUAGUUGACACCAAGUAUGAAUUUGGAAAAACAGCAGACGGGACAAUUAUGUUGAUCGAUGAGAUACAUACGCCUGAUUCCAGCCGAUACUGGAUUGCUAAUUCAUAUGAAGAGAGAUUCAAAUCUGGUCUGGAACCUGAAAAUGUUGACAAGGAGUUCCUGAGGCUGUGGUUUAAGAAUAAUUGCAAUCCAUAUGAAGACCCGGUUCUACCAGAAGCUCCGGAAGAACUAGUUUGCGAACUUGCUUGGCGGUACAUAUUCCUAUUUGAAACAAUUACAAAUACGGAGUUUGAGAUCCCAGAAACACAGGAACCGAUUCAUGAAAGGAUAUCAAGGAAUGUGGCACAAGCCUUAAGGAAUCUAUAAUCGUGUUGCUGAAUCUAUAAUUGCGAAUGCUGAAACAAAUCACUUAUUCCUGGCAACAGGAGGCUAGAGGCUCACUAUUGCUACCAAGAGUCCUAGUUACUAUGUGCACAUGAGAUGUAUCCUUCCCAAGGUUGGAUUUAUUUUUGUGCGAAGCUAUGCUCGGUUAAUGUAACUUUAUUGAUCUCCAUUAUCCCGGCCUUUGUCAAAGAAUACACUCAGCCCUGAUGUAAUAUGGGUAGUAGAAUAAUUGGUCCCUGUUUCUUUUUUGAGCGUUUUGGCAUGCUCCCCUGACCACUAUAACGUCCCCAUGUCUGCAGCUUUGGAGAAGAAUGAAUGGAAUAUGCAACCUUUUUUUUUC